AUGAAAAUACGGUUCCAUAACGGCCUUCUGUUUGGUUCGGUUGUUGCCCUAAAAGUCAUAUGCAGCCCAUUGAAUGGUGUACCUGAAGGUCAAUUGAAGUCGAAUCAGGUCAUUCCCUCUCCAUUGGUAAUACCAGCUAGUGAAUACUUUGAUGGCGAUGAUGGAGCAUGGUCAUCUUUAGCAUUGAGAGUUGGGAACCCUGCUCAAGAAGUUCGCGUUCUGGUAUCAACGAAUUCACCCCAGACGUUAGUUUUCUUGCCCCUCGGAUGUACAUCUGCAGCAAUCUCGCCGGUACCAAACGGCUGUGCCAAUUCUCGUGGAGGAUUAAUCAACAAUAGUCUAUCCAAUACUUCGGAGGAUCGAGGCAUAUUUGGAGUUAACGGAAAUGGGGUCCGAUUCCAGGCGGAUCUGGUAUAUUCUCAAGUGGCGGACUUUGGCCUAGAUUCGAUAGGGCUUGGAUGUGUUUCAGGAACAAUUGGUCCUACUCUCGACAACCAAACUAUUGGUGCUAUUGCUACUGCUUCACCAUUCUAUACGUAUGUAGCCGGAAUCUUGGAGUUAUGGCUGAUUCAGAGAAGAGGAAUAUUUGGACUUGGUACUCAGCCAUUGAAUUUUACGACCAUAGGAAUUUCUUCGACCAACUCUUACUUCUCAUCUUUAUGGUCGCAGAAACUAAUCCCAAGUUCCACCUGGAGUUACACAGCUGGGGCAAAAUAUCGGCUUAAAGCUGGUCAAUAUGCACAAUUGAUUUUCGGAGGAUAUGAUACUUCUCGAUUUACACCCAACUCUGCGUCUUUCAUUCUUUCUUCAGACGUUGACCGAGAUAUCGUUGUGGCAAUCCAAGCAAUUACUUACAGUGCAAGUCCUACUUAUGCUUUUGUUGAAUCAACCGAUCCAAAUUUCUGGCUUCCCGAAGCAGAAGCAGCGUGUCAAGAAUUUGAAAAACCGUUCGGCCUUUCGCUAGAUAAUACUACUAGCCUAUACCUAAUUAACUCUGCGCAAUACUCUUUAUUAACGACUACCAACCCUCAAGUUACAUUUUCUUUGGCAAAUGUAUUGACAGGUGGUAAUAUCGCAUCGAUUGUUCUACUUUCCAAUGCCUUCGCCCUAUUAGCCUCAUAUCCUUUUGUUCCUAAUGAUACCUAUUACUUUCCUCUCGGAAAGUCGGCCAACGACAGUCAAAACACUUUAGGGCGAGCAUUCCUACAAGAAGCAUAUUUCACCGUUGAUUACGAACGUGGAAACUUUACCGUUAGUCAAUGCACUUGUAUUGAUGGUGCCACGACUGAUAUCAGCACCAUCAUAUCUCCCACCUUAACCAAUUCCACAUCUACCCCACAAACAUCGCCUGAUACCAAUUCCAACUCAACGAAACAUCUAUCAGUUGAAGUAAUUUGCGCUAUUGAGGCUAUUUUGGUUGUGAUCAUCGGUAUUGGUGCUAUUGGUGGGUUAUAUCUAUGUCGUCGUCACAAGCGUCCCAUAUCUAUUGCCGAAAUCCCCCUGCGUGACAUCGAUGAGGAUUUUUCGAAAGAUAGAUCUCGCAUAACGCCAUCGCCAAAACUUCAUCAGAUUCCUACCCACACGAUACAAAAGUACCAAUGGUCGAAGCGCCAGGCCAUGAAGUGCGUGAACCUGUGGAACUUCAAUCUCUCGAUCUGA